AUGGAUGUGUUUGGUAAAUCUUUGUUCGUGGAUAAAAGUGUGUUUGUAGCUCGCUCUGCUUUUGUUAUUGGUGAACAAUCCCAAAAACAAGCUAUAUGUGGUGAUUUUGUUACAAUGAUGUCCAUAUUAAUUGGUGGUUACAGAACACUUGCUGCAAAGGCUACAGAACAGUGGCUGAAAAGCGGUGGAUAG